GUUAACUGUCAGUUUUGUUUAUUUCGUUCGAGAAAUACGUCAAAGGAUUUUUUUAGGAACUAGCGCUUCUUGUAACGGGAAAAAGAUUUUGAGAUCCAAUUCAAUAGAAACGGUCAAUCUGUUGAAUCCAGAAGAGAAAAACAAAAAAAAGUCAUGGUAUGGUGAUAGUCAAAAUUUUUGUUUAAUGGAAUUGGUAAAUAAAUGGGAAAGGUGUAUGUAUGUAAGCGUUAACAGUCGUGUCAUCGUAAAUGCAUAAUGUUACCAAUUUAUGAACGAUUGGAUGCACGCAAGCCUCUAUUACGAAUAAAACUGUCUCACGUGGCUAUAUUUGGCAUUAGUUUGGCAUUAGGUGCAUUUGUAUAUUGCAUUGUCUGGUCCAUUGUUAUGGAUUUCGAACGGGCCACAUACACGCACUGCGAGGUAUCGAAUUAUUUACCAUCCAUCUCAGCAGCUAUUGGCAGUUAUGAACCUCAGCGAACUGUAUGGAGAUUAGCGAUAAUACUGCAUUUGCCCGUACGUCUUGUCCUGGCCAAUUUGUAUUCGCAAUACUAUAAAAAUCAUAUACGGCGCAAUCGUCGCAUAAUUGCAAAAUUCGCAGUGAUAUUAAAUGUAAUUGAAAAUUUAGCAUUGGUUUGUUUAUCCUUAUGGACGUCGGCGGAUGAUUAUGAAGUGCACAAGACAUCGUUUAUAACAUUUAUAGCAUGCAGUGAGAUUUAUAUGCUUAUUGUAUACUUUCUAAAUCGUAAAGCCCGUAAGCUUAGUUUAACGGAAACGGAGGAGAAGUCGUUACGUUAUAAAGGCCUGUUCUUCACAAUUAAUGUUUUAGCAUUUUCUCUUGCCGCUUAUUGCUUCAUAAGACAUAAUACGAAAUGUGAAAGUGGAGUUUACACAAUUUUUGCAUUGUUUGAGUAUAUAGUGGUUUUAACUAAUAUGGCUUAUCAUAUGACUGCUUAUUGGGAUUUUUAUGGUCUUUAUAUGUUUUAUGAUUGGCAGAAAGGAUUGUACAUGUCGCACGCAUAACGAAUUAUAAAAAAAAAAAGCAACUUAACCUGGGAAUUAUGUGAAUGUUUAAAAAUAGUCGCAAAUAAUUUUUAAGUUUUAAUUUACAUAUAUAGAGGAAUAUUUAAUUUUCCCUUUUUUUUUUUUUAUAUUUCCCAUUGAAUAACGCGUCCAACUAUAAAAACACAAGAACGAAAAGUAUUUUAUUUAAUUAUGGCUUAAAUACACACAUUUUUAGAACAAUUUUUUUAAAUUAUA